UUUGAAGAUGACCACGCAUCCGGGUGAUUGCCCUUUCCUAUGGAAAGAAAUAAUCUGAAGAUUAAAGACAAGCAUCCCUUAUCCAUGGCUCCUUUGCACUAGAUAUAGCCGUGGCUAUAAGUAGAAAUGACUGUCGGCUAAUAUGUGUCGGUGCAAAGGACAGCUCGCAUGCCGUAUAUAUGUGCGCCUAUCCUCCUUGUAAUCAAUAUAGUGUCUUGCGUAAAAGACAUUCAUGGUUACAAUGUCAUUCGAAUUCGGCUUCACACUUCCUAAUGGCACGCGCAUUGUCCACGGUGAAGGUUCUCUGACCAAGCCCGCCUGCUCGCCCGAACUCGGUUUACCAGGCACCCUCCAGGUCCUUAGCCCGGGCCAUGGCCACGAGAGCUCCUGCAUAUCCUUUUCCGGGCCCAAUGGCCUCUUCCAAUUCGACACGACCUGUCGCAUGCCGCGUCAUGUACACAUGAGUCUCCGUGCAGACGGCCCGGGUUUACGCUACGUCGUCGAGAAACUCAUCAUCCUCAAUGGCAUCGCGGUAGCGGAAAUAAAGGGUGAAAUAUACGUGAUUCCACCGGGAUGCAUGGUUACCAUCGCGCAUGGGGUGCCCCAUGCGUGGGUUGCUGCUCCUGAGGGGUUGGAUCUGCAGGCCUUGGGGAUUGCAGAUGGGAGCCUCGUGUCUAACGGACGGUUUCUCGCAACAAAGACAUUGAUGAACGAGGAAGAAUAUGUGCAAUGCGAUGAUCUGCAUUCAAUUCGGAUUGUAGAUAUGGAUGUGGAGUACCUGAAGAAGAACGCAUGGUUUGUGUGGGGGAGGUCCUGUCGGAAAUUGUAG